AUGUCAAAUAUCAUAUUAGUUCGUUCACAGGUUCUACGUAGCAUAAAAUCGCCGCUCUGCAUAACUCUCAUACCCAAAAAUACUCGAAUGUAUUCAGAAGGAUCCGUUGGUAGUCCAAGAGGAGGGAGUGAAGAUUCAUUUUUAAGAAGGGAGCGAGCCAAAGAGGAUUUCUUCGUUAGACAACAUGAAAAGGAACAAUUCAAGCAUUUUAAAGAACAAUUAAAGAAUCAUCAGAAACAACUGGAACAUUUGGAAUCCAAGAUUGACAAGUUAAGUAACGGAGAGAAGGAAUCUAAAUGA